ACGAAUUGAACUAACAGAACCGAAACGUUUAGAGCAUGUUGAGUUUAAUCACAAGUCGCGUUACCGCUGGGACGGUGAGAGUUAAAUGACGUCUUUAGCUGUCGAUACCUCACGUGGGCAACGCGAAUACUUCGUUGAAGACCAUUAUUAGCUCUAAUUGACAUCUAAUGUCAAUAUCUUCUCGAAUACCUUUCAAAUAGGGAUUUCUGCUGUUCCUAUUACUGCUUGUGUGAUCUGCAUUCAAUGUUACGAGAGAAAGUAGCCAUAUGGCCGCUGUUUGCUGAAGUGUGACCUCGCACCUGGACACCGUGGCGCAUGGACACACUUGUGGACGCGUGAAAGAGCAAUUUGGCCCCCCGCUUCCAGGGCCCCGAUAAAUAGGCGCUUCCUGCCCUCAGUCCCACAUCUCCUGAGAACGUAGCACUGGACAGACCGCCACACGGAACCAUGGACACGUCCAACAGCAACAGUGGAUUACCUUCUGCCUUCCCCGGAGACAACGCGUCUCAGCAGCCGGGUGCUUGGUGGAGACCAUGGACUGGAACUAAGGACACACGUGGGACACACAGAGGUCACUGUAACGACGGAGACGUUUCUGCUCCGCAACACCACAAAACCCCUCAGGUCGUUCACCCAGUGAAGUUGUUCUGGCCGAAGUCGCGAUGCUUCGAUUAUCUGUACCAGGAUGCAGUGAUGCUCCUGCGCAACUACCCGGUCCAAGCGACCAUCUCCCCGUGCGGGGACUCCAGCAGCGACGAAGACAGCGACGAUGAAGAGGAGGAGAUGGAGAAGGAGUUGAACUGAACGCUUUAAAUAGGACCCGUGCUGUAUAAUCUAUUAAUAUAUUUCUUUUAACUUAUUGCUGUAUAUAUGUAUGUAAAUAUACUUUUUCACCUAUUUACCAAACAAUAAUGUGAAUGCUUAAGUUAUUCUUUUAACACUUCUACCUCCUUUGUACUUUUAUAAAAA